AUGUGUAAUUGUCAUCAUCAUAAAAGAGGAUGCCCGGAAUCUGAAUCUGAUCCAUCAUCAUUCUUGCAAGAAACAUGGCAAUCACCCUUGGACGAAAGCAUUCAAUCCUCUGGUGAAUUUUGCUCACCUCAUUGUUUCCAUUCAAAUUCAAACCCGCGAACUCCAAGAACCCCUCCAAGAACACCUCCAAGAACACCUCCAAGAACACCUCUAAGAACACCGCCCAGAACACCCUUGUCGGAGUUAACCCGCGAAAUUCCACCAAGCGCGCCGCUCAGAAUCCUGAGAGAGCGGCCCGAUCUAUCAAUGGGAGUAGCUAUAGCGUCUCAUCGUUUGGAUUUCGAGGCGAUAAGCGAAUACGAGGAUAUGGACGAGACAGAUAUAGAGGAAUCGGAUGUAUCCGGCAAGUUUCUCUUCUCCUCUCUCUUCUCUUUAUAAAAAUUAUCGCAAGAAUUUUUUACACCGAUAUCAAUUUCCCCAACUAGGAGAACUUUUAGC